AUGUCGAACACAGACUCUCCUCAGACAAAAGAGUCUCACGACGUCGAGAACAAUACACAACCGACCGAAGAAAAACAAAGUUCCUCUGCUUUCAAAGCUCUAGGAUGGCUCGACCGCUUACUCGCGUUAUGGAUUCUUCUCGCAAUGAUUAUCGGGAUCCUGCUGGGUAACUUUGUCCCUUCUACCGGCGCUGCUUUGGAAAAGGGUAAAUUCGUUGGUGUUUCGGUUCCUAUAGCCGUUGGUUUACUCGUAAUGAUGUAUCCCAUCCUCUGCAAAGUCCGAUACGAAAGCCUCCACGAGAUCUUUUCCCAGCGCGACGUCUGGAAGCAAAUCCUCUUUAGCAUUUUUAUCAAUUGGGUCGUCGCGCCUUUUUUGAUGCUCGGCCUGGCAUGGGCUUUUCUUCCAGACAAGCCUGAACUGCGCGUCGGUCUUAUCCUCGUUGGCCUCGCACGAUGCAUCGCCAUGGUGCUGAUAUGGAACGGCCUUGCUGGCGGUGAUAGUGAAUACUGUGCUAUCCUCGUGGCUAUAAACUCGAUCCUCCAGAUGGCUCUGUACGCGCCAAUGUCGGUUUUCUUCAUCAGCAUCAUCAGUGGAGAGGAAGGCUCGCUCGAAGUGUCGUACUCGACCGUUGCCACAAGCGUAGCAGUGUUUCUCGGAAUUCCUCUCGCUGCCGCCAUUAUUACUCGCUUCUCACUGCGCAAGCUAGCUGGACCCGAGUGGUAUGAGCGAGUCUUUUUGCGCAUUGUCUCUCCUUGGUCUCUCAUCGGUCUGUUAUACACCAUCCUUAUCCUCUUUGCCUCGCAAGGCCACCAGGUAGUUCACCAGAUCGUGUCCGUCGUGCGUGUAGCGGCACCUCUGAUCGUUUACUUUGUGGUCGUUUUCUUUGCGACGCUGCUUAUUUCCCGGCGCGCUGGGUUUGGAUACCAGCUUUCGACAACGCAGAGCUUCACAGCUGCGAGCAACAAUUUUGAGUUGGCAAUUGCGGUAGCAAUUACUGGCUUUGGUCCAAGCAGCGAUCAGGCGCUCGCGGCGACGGUUGGGCCGUUGAUAGAGGUUCCGGUGCUUUUGGGGUUGGUGUAUCUGCUCCGUUGGGUGUCUGAUAGAUGGAACUGGAAGAUCUAG